AUGGGCUCUCCACUAUCACCGAUUAUAGCGGACAUUACUAUGCAGGACCUCGAGAUUAAAGCACUUGAAGCCCUGACGUUUGUUCCACCUUUUUACGUCAGAUAUGUGGACGACAUCGCGAUGUCGGUUCCUUCUUCACAAAAAACUUCCACACUCGAGACAUUUAAUUCUCUCCACAGUAGAAUACAAUUUACUUUAGAAGAAGGAACCGACAAACACUUGAAUUUUCUCGACACCACUAUCAUUGUUAGAGACGACACGAUUGAAUUCGAUUGGUACCACAAACCGACGUUUUCUGGCAGAUACCUCAAUUUCGCGUCGUCUCAUCCGUUGUGUCACAAAAAGGGCACCAUCAAAUGCUUAACCGACCGAGCAAUACUUUAG